AGUAAUGUGUUUCCCAGGGCAUUCUCUAUGUAUGUAAACUGAGGUCAAGUUUCAUGACAACCUAAUGUUACAUACUUUAUUAUUACUCAACGAACAUUUCUUGUGUGAUGACCUAAUUACCCACCUAACCCCUUAUAUAUACACAUACCACCCACUACUGCAGUACAGACUUCAGCACCAACCCUUGCCGUAAGCAGUUAAGCAAUCCACUGCUUUCUCUUUCUCUCUCUCUAAGGUCCUACUUCAUAAAUAGUUCAGAGUUUGCAACUUAGAGAGAGGCCAACCCAAAACAUGAAACUCUGGGUCCCCACCUUCUUCUUCCUUUGUAUCUCCAGUGCAGCAGCCUUGAGCCAUUCGACUACUUCAGGAAGGUCAGGGAACUCCGGUUCAUCGGAAGAUCUGGUCCGUACCUCAUGCAUUCAUGCCAGCUACCCAGAUCUCUGCCUUCGAACACUCUCCACCUACGGUGGCAAGCCCAAGACCCCCAAUGACCUCGCCCAAGCCGCCGUCAACGUCAGCCUCUCCCGUGCCCGUAAGGUCUCCAAGUAUCUAUCCCAAGUGGGAACUAGUUUGGGAGGCGGAGUAAGCAAUAAGAGGCAACGAGUUGCGGUGAGUGACUGUGUCGAGCAGCUAUCCGACUCGGUGGACGAGUUGAGGAAGACUCUGUCGGAGCUCCGGAACCUGCGUAGCCGGAACGGAAUGUUCCGGUGGCAUAUGAGUAACGCGGAAACGUGGGUGAGCGCUGCACUCACCGACGAAGACACGUGUCUCGAUGGGUUUCAGGAUGUGGGUGGAUCCGGUGGGAAUGGGAAGAUGGUGAAGUCGUCGGAUGUGAAGCGUAAGAUGAGCAAUGUCGCCAAGGUUACCAGUAAUGCGCUCUAUCUUAUCAAUCGCCUUGACGAUGACCGUGGCCGUUGAUGGAGGACCUACAUUGUACACCUACCCUUGAUUUAUGGAUACUCGAACUGACGGCAGUUGAUGUUAGUUACUGCCAGUAAUCAUCGAUUUGUAUGUACGGAUACCUUAAAACAAAUGAAAUUUUAGGUUAUGUUUC